GGUUACUUCUGACCAGGGAGUUGCACUGCUUGGCACAGCCAAGCCCUAACCUUUCUUGGGCAAAUGCAAACCAUUCACAGGAUUGCGGUGUUCCCUCCCUUCAACAGCGAAACAGCAACUUCUUUGCAGCUUCUUAUCAGAGUUCGUUGUCCAUGUCCUCCCUAUUCUGGAACAAAGGUUGACUUCCAGCAUCAGAGGAAGGAGUUUCCAGUAUUUUGGCUGGAGUGCUCAGCUUCAAGACUUUACUUUGUUCUUCACAACUUUGAGGGAUAUGAAGCCAGUUGGAAAACUGCUUUGCGCUACAGGGAUUGUAGCUGGGGUCCUAGCUUUCUUCUGGAAAGACCCCUUUAAGCCAGAGAGCUUGUCUGGUGCCCGCGUUCUCCUGACUGGAGCCAGUGCUGGAAUUGGGGAGCAGAUGGCAUAUCAUUAUGCCAGAUUUGGUGCUGAAAUUGUUUUGACUGCUAGGAGGGAAGCUGUGCUGCAAAAGGUGGUGGAGAAAUGCCUGACACUUGGAGCAAAGAAAGUAUUUUAUAUUCCUGCAGAUAUGUCUUCCCCUUCAGAGCCUGAAAAGGUGGUUCAGUUUGCUGUUCAAAAGCUGGGUGGGCUGGAUUACCUGGUGUUGAAUCACAUUGGCGUGACCCGUUUCCAGAUGUGGGCUGGAGAUGUGGAAUACACCCGCUGGCUCAUGCAGGUGAAUUUCUUCAGUUAUGUGGCACUGGCAACAGCAGCUCUUCCCACCCUGGAGAAGAAUACAGGCUCUCUGGUGGUUGUUUCUUCCCUCACAGGGAAAAUACCCACUCCCUUCACCACUUCUUAUUCUGCCACCAAGUUUGCACUGGAUGGAUUCUUCAGCUCACUGCGCCAUGAACUCAUCAUGCAGAAGAGAAAUGUCUCUAUCACACUAUGCAUCCUGGGCCUGAUUGACACUGAUUCAGCAUUGGAGAAUACCAGGGGCAAAGUACACCUAACUGCUUCUCCUGCUCCUGAAGCUGCCCUCGCCAUCAUCCGGGGGGGUGCCACACGGGUGCCGGAGAUUUUCUACCCAUGGUGGCUGCAGCACGUGUGUUACCUCUGGGCUUUGUUCCACAAUGAUGGGGACGAGGUUUUACGGAGUUACUAUAACUACAGCAGUCCUUAAGGGUUGCCCAGUCUGUUUCCUCUCCCAGCCUACAUCCCUUCUAAUGAUAUUCCCCAUGUCCCCCUAAGCAUCCCAUUCAACCAUUGGUGUCAAGCAGGAGCAGGGCAGCAGUGGUGGCAAAGUAACCUUAGCUCUUUUUGUAAGACUCUUCUUGGUCUCCCUCUUAUCCUGCUUCAGCCACGGUUCUGAGAUUUCUACCCAUCAGUCAGAGAUCUUUCUCACUGUUCACUCUGUCUUAGCCUUCCACCCAGCUCCCCUCCUUCAGCCUCACCUGUCUGCUCUUACUGCCUCCAGUCUUCUCUCAGCUCCUGCUUUAACCUCUGUUUGUACAGGAUGUCCUGGAAUGUCUGUACCUUCCUGGGACAUCCUGCUCCACUGCUUCAUUGUUUUGUGGAU